UUUUUUUAUUUUUUUUUUUAAAAAAGAAGAUAUGAAUAUCAUGGCAAAUUUUAAUAUAAUUAUACCAUUUACAUUUAUAACAAAAAAAUUUAAUUCUAGACAUUCUUCAUCAUUAUUACAAAUAAUGAGAAAUUUUAAUCAUUCUUCAAUAUUACGAUCACAAGAAUAUUAUUUAGUAAAAUCUCAUCAUGGAGAAAAUUAUCGUUUACAUUUAUCUAAAUCAAGGCAUUUAGUGGGAAUAAGGUCAACGAGAGGGAUUAGAGAAUUAAAUGAAGAUAGAUAUCAAGCUAUGGUUUUAAAACUUUCUGAUGAUAGAAAAAAUCUAAAAGAUGAUAUUAUUGUUAAUCAACCAAUUUUAGAUGUUAAAAAUAUAGAAAAUCCAAAAAUUAAUGGAGAAGAAGCUCAAUCAAAUCAAUCAUGUUAUUUUGCUGUAUUUGAUGGUCAUGGAGGCCCUCAUUGCGCUGAUUAUUUAACUGCUACUCUACAUAAAAAUAUUGAAGAUGUCAAAGCAUCUGAUGCAGAUAAUAUUAUCACAUCAUUAAGAAGUGUUGGAGGAUAUUUUGUAAGAUACAAACCAGCAUCAUUGGAAUCGUUAUUAAGUCCUGAAGUAGCAGAUAUAUCUAAAAAGAGACCAAGUAAUCAAAAAUCAAGUUUAAGAAAAUUUUCUUCUACACCGACAUCACAACUUUUAUCACCUUCCACGUUACAACAACCUUCAACUCAAGCAUUAUUACCCUCAUUAUCACCUACCGCAUUAGCAUCACCAUCACCACCACCGAAAACACUUACAAUGGAACAAAGAUUAUUGUUAGCAUUUUUAAAAACUGAUAGUGAAUUAAUGGAAGAUAAAUCGGUGGGAUCAACUGCAUCAGUAGCAUUAAUAAAAUCUUUAGACAAACUUCCAUUUUGGACAAGUAAUAGUCUUGAAAUUUCAAUAGCACAUGUUGGUGAUACGAAAAUUUUACUUUGUGAAGUAGAAAAAGGAAAUUCUGUACCAUUAACUUAUGAUCAUCAUCCAAGUUCUAUCGUAGAAACAGAUAGAUUAAGAAAAUCUGGUGGUUUUAUUAUAACAGAUUCUUUUGGUUCUGAAAUGUAUUUAGGUAGAUUAGCUAAUUCAAGAUCUUUCGGUGAUUUUAAAUUAAAAAGAUUUGGCGUUUCUGCUGAACCUGAAAUUUCUACUCUUAAAUUAAGGGGAAAAGAUUUUGCUUUCAUGGUUUUGGUUUCUGAUGGCGUUACUUCCGUAUUAAGUAAUCAAGAAAUCGUUGAUUGUAUAAAAAAUUAUAAUGAUCCAACUUUAGGAGCAUCAAAACUAGUUGAUCUAGCUGAAGAACUUGGAUCUGAUGAUAAUAUAACAGCUAUGGUGGUUAGAUUACCUGGAUGGGGAUCUCCAAUGACUGAUCAAACAAAGGAUUUAAGAGAGUAUCGACUUGUACGUAAUUCUACCUUUUUAAAUCGUAGAAUGUAGAUAAUUUUUAAUUUAAAAUCUGUAAAAUAAAAUAUUUUUAAAAAGCAUAACUUUAUUAUUA